GUGUUAUCAGCCUGUAAAAGUGUGUCAUUGCAGCAUCCAAAAUGAGAUACUUCCUCUCUGACGUUUAUUGAGAUAAGAUAAUUAAUACAUUGCAUGUGUGUGAAAUUGUUUUUUUGUGAAAUGGAAAGUUGUAGACAGAUCUUAUCAGUAAGAGGGUUAAUUUCCAUGUUUUGAAAGGCAGUUCAAUGGUCUGAUUGCAUUACCUGUUUUGCUGUUUGAUGAUUGCUGUAAGACCAAAUUGAAUGGCAAGGGGGAAAGUAGAUUCUUUAAAAUGAUUAUGAAGACAUAUUGAAGAGAUUGCCUUUGUUUAUAUAGACUGAGAUGAUGAUUGCCUUUUCUAGUCUUCCUCUUUUUUUUCUCAUGCCAUCCCACAUUUUGUGCAACCAUUCACUCAUAGUUCCUUCUGUUUAACAUCUCAGCCAUAAUCUUGUCCACCUUUGUUGCCUUGUUGGUCUUCAGAUUUUCAGUUGCUUUCAUUGCCUUAUUUCUUUUAUAUUGUUCAUGUGAUAGUUUGUAACUGAAGUAUUUAUCUUUGCACACAUGAAGGCUAUCACAUCUGUGCAGAGUUAUCAGUGUCCUGGCACAGUCAGUAUAUCAUUUAUUAGAAUGCAGUGGUGAAAAUUAAGGUUAUUAAAAUUUGUGAAACUGUCAUGGUUACAGAAGAAAAGUAAGUUAUCUCUUGUAUCUUUGUAAAUGCACGUGUACAUUCAUAUGGCUUGACUUUAGGUUUAUUUCUUGCUUGAAAUGUGAGAAAAAUUUGUAGUGUUACCAGAUCACUAAAUUGUAAUCAGAGAUAAUAAAGGUCAUCAGUAAGGCUUAUUGAUUUAUGAUAAUGCAGCCACCAGUCAUUGUGUGUGUGUGUGUGUGUGUGUGUGUGUGUAUAGAGUACAGGGUGUCAGGGUGCCCUCCCCUCUGCACCUGUGUUCAGUAAGUUGUACACUGUGGCUGCACACACAUCAGAUGUAUCUGACUCAUCUCAGUACAUGGUCAAGGGUUUGCUCUGUGAAAAAGCAAGACAGUCUGUGAUGUGUCUGUGUGACUGAGACAAGCUGUAUGCUAACCACCACCACCACCUCUUUUACCACUGUGCUGUGUGAGCUGCUCUAAUCUUCUGUGCUUGUUCCACCUCCAUCGACACCAUGUGGAACAUCAUCACCAUCAAGGGCAUUGUCCUUGUGGUGAUGUUCUUUAUCACUUUCGUGUGCUCCAUGCUCCCCAUCUUGUUUGUACGACACAUCAGGGAGACCCACGACUCUGGCCGGAGGUCCAGGUACCAGGUGCUGCUGAGUUUCAUGUCUUGCUCUGCUGGUGGAGUCUUCAUGGGCACCUGCAUCCUGGACCUUUUCCCUGAUGUGCAGCAACAACUGGACCUCCUGAUGGAUCAGAACUUUGCCACCCAGUCUUACCCUGUCGCCGAGUUCAUUGUGGUGUUUGGCUUCCUGCUUGUCCUCACCAUGGAACAGAUUGUCCUUGAUUAUAAGGAACAGAGCCUUCUUAACCGGCCGCCUGAGGCUCAGGCACUGCUGAGUGAGCCAGAGGAGCAGCGGCGCACACUUGUGCAACAACACAAUCUGAGUGGCAUCACAGAUCAGCCGGACCUGACGGCCUCCAUCAGGAGUGAGACUGGGUCCCUGAGUGGGGCAAGCCAGGGCUACAACACUGCUGCGGACCACUGUGGCCCAGAGCAUGCGGGGGGUCACAGCCACAACAUUUUUGACCACUCUGUCCACCAUGACAUUGCCUCCCACUCCUCCCUGCGCUCCCUCCUUCUGCUGUUUGCACUGUCACUUCACUCGGUGUUUGAGGGACUGGCAGUGGGGCUGCAGGGGAGCAUUGACGAUGUGGUCAGUCUGUUUCUUGUGGUCAUUUUCCACAAGGGAAUCAUUGCCUUCUCUCUGGGACUGAACAUGGUCCAGUCAAAGCUGUCGGUCACACAGAUGCUGAUGGGCAACAUGUUCUUCUGCAUCACUGCCCCACUUGGUCUGGGUCUGGGGAUGGGAAUCACAGAGAUGCAGGCCACCUUCACCACAGCAGCUGUUUCAGGCACACUUCAGGGCAUUGCUUGUGGCACCUUCCUUUAUGUCACAUUCUUUGAGGUCCUGCCUCAUGAGAUGAACAGUGGUGAGAACAGACUGCUCAAGCUGCUGUUCAUCAUCCUGGGCUUCGCCGCAGUAUGUGGUGUUCUGUACCUGGAUCCAGACAUCAAGCGCCCUCGCUGUUUCCAGGAGCCUCUGCCAGCUGGUCCCACGUAACGCACAGGUGGUGAGAGAGCAGGCUUUAUUGUGGUGUGGGCUGUGAGGCGAGACAUGUGUGCCUGUGCUAGGUUGCCUGGUUGAGAGUUGUGUGUAUCAGUACAGGCUGGUUGUGCAUUGGUGUGACUGCUGAAUAGUGAUGUGCUGGAAAAUGUGAGAUGUUUUGUAUGAUGAAGUAUGACUAGGUAAUAUUUUGCCACCAGAUGAAAAGGCAGGUUAUUUGAAUAAAUGCACUUACUGACUUGCUGGUGGGAUGGGGAAAGUUAUGAAGAGA